AGCACGAACGCAAAAUGCCACGAGCUCGAGGGUCGCGACAACGCCAUCUUCUAUUUCCUUCCGUGAGCCUGGCCCAUGAAAACUCUGCUUUCACGUGUUUAUGAAGCGAUGUGAAUAUCGUUUGCGACGAGCUAGCUAUGCGAUAGAGCCAGGGAAAGACCAUCAUCGACCAUCAUCGUGCAAACUUGCUCGUUUGCAACACCUCUCUUUAGAUCUGGGCAUAAGUCAGAUAGGAAUACAGUAGCCGCUAAAAUUUUUCUGAAGUAGUCCACUCGCAGACUUUUGCCGCGACGAUUGUGAAGCUUCGUUGACCUCGUUGCGGGUUCCUUUUUUCCUUACCAAAGAAAACAUGGCCGACUCGUGGGAGGAGCAUGCGGCUCCUCCCCCGCCCCCUCCGUCCGCGCCCGCGCCGGCCCUGAACCCGAACAGCAUGAUUUUCGUGCCCGGGAGGGGCUUCGUUCCUGCUUCAUCUCAAGCAGCGCCUGCUGCUCCUCCACCUCCUCCCCCGCCGCCUCCUGCACCUCCAGCGGAGCCCGCUCCUCAGCCGCCCAAGGAGCCCGAGCCGGAGCCCGAGCCGGAGCCGGAGCCGGAGCCAGAGCCGGUCGCCGCGCCAUCGGUCCCGGCGCCAUCGGAGCCGUCUCCCCCGGCGCCGGAGCCCGCUGCUGCUGCUCCCGCUCCUGCCGCGGUCGCAGUCGUGGAGGAGCCCGUCGCCCCCGUUGAUGAGAGCGCUGUGAUGAAGGCGUUCCAGGAGUGCUUGGCGGAGGAGCCGCGCGACCACCUAAACAUUGUGUUCAUUGGCCACAUCGACGCUGGCAAGUCCACACUGGCGGGGCAGAUCCUGUUCCUCACGGGCGGUGUGGACAAGCGCACGAUUGAGAAGUACGAGCGUGAGGCCAAGGAGAAGAACCGCGAGGGCUGGUACAUGGCAUACAUCAUGGACACCAACGAGGAGGAGCGAGUCAAGGGAAUCACCGUGGAGGUGGGCCGCGCCCACUUCGAGACGGACAAGAAGCGCUACACGGUGCUGGACGCGCCCGGCCACAAGAACUACGUGCCCAACAUGAUCCAGGGCGCCUGUCAGGCGGACGUGGCCAUCCUGGUCAUCUCCGCGCGCAAGGGCGAGUUCGAGACGGGCUUUGAGCGCGGCGGCCAGACGCGCGAGCACGCGCAGCUGGCCAAGACGCUGGGCGUGACGCGGCUGAUUGUGGUGGUCAACAAGCUGGACUGCCCCUCCGUGGCGGUGGACGGCAAGUGGGACCGCGCUCGCUUCGACCAGAUCGUGAACGGCCUGACGCCCUUCCUGAAGCAGUGCGGCUACAACAUGAAGAAGGAGGUGACCUUCCUGCCGCUGGCGGCGCUGUACGGCCACAACAUCCGGGACGCGGUGUCCAAGGAGCUGUGCGACUGGUACGACGGCGAGACGCUGUUCUCGGUUCUGGACCACAUGGAGCCUGUGGAGCGCAACCCGCUGGAGCCCUUCCGCAUGCCCAUCGUGGACCGCUGGAAGGACAUGGGCACCAUCGUCAUGGGCAAGUCCGAGGCGGGCUUCGUGCGCGUGGGCGACCUGCUGCAGAUCAUGCCCAACAAGCUGCGUGUCAAGGUGGACGGCGUGUACCGCGACGAGAAGGAGACGCAGUCGGCCCGCUGCGGCGAGAACCUGCGCCUGCGCCUGAGCGGCUGUGAGGAGACCGACAUCUCGCCCGGCUUCGUGCUCAGCUCCGUCAAGAGCCCCGUGCCCGUGGUCACGCAGUUUGAGGCGCAGCUGGUGAUUGUGGAGCUACUGGAGCACAACCCCAUCUUCACGGUGGGCUACAAGUCCAUGCUGCACAUCCACACCGCCUGCGAGGAGUGCGAGGUGUCCAAGCUGGUUGCGGAGAUCGACCCCAAGACCAAGGAGCAGAAGAAGGCCAAGUACAUCAAGCAGGGCGGCAUCUGCAUCUGCCGCAUCACCGUGGACAAGCCCAUCUGCAUCGAGGCAUUCGGCGACGUGCCCAGCCUGGGCCGCUUCACGCUGCGUGAUGAGGGCCGCACCAUCGCCAUUGGCAAGGUGGUCAAGCUGCCCAAGGUGCACUAAACGGCCGACGGCCGCAAAAUGUGUGUGUGUAUGUGUGUGUGCGUGCUCAUGCCCAAUGGGCCAAUGGUUGCGAGAGGUGAUCGCGGCUGUGUAGGAAUCAGGCUGGGCGGCUGUAGGCGGCUGGGCAGCUAGGAUGGGUUCGUCCGAAAAUGUAUGUGUGUGUGUGUGUGACGGACCAGGCGGUGCGCUGUGUGUGGGGCGGGCGGGGUGGAGCACGUGGGGCGGGCGGGGGCUGCGGCAUACCACGUGCGGUUUGACGUGCGGAAAGACAGCGGCGAAGCAGGAAACAGAUGAAUAGGGAUAGCUGCGGGGAGCCAUACUCGACCGGGGGGCUAGGACCGACGUUGGACUCGGUGUGUGUGGGUGUGUCCGUUCUGCGCCCCAUGGUUAGGGCGCAUGGUUGGGCCCGCCUUCGCGGCAUUGCCGGCAGAGGGAUCGUGCAAACAGGCGAGGUGACUGCGGUCCGGGUGGGCUGACAGGUUGAGUGAUGAUGGCAGGAUGCUGAUGCACGCACUGGGCUGCGCAUGGGGCAGGGGGCCUUGGUGAAAGGACCCGGGGGUUCAGACGUGAAGUGGCGUCCGGGGCAACGCACCAGUUCCCCUCAUGCAUGCGUGACGUAUGAGUUGAAGGGUGCUCUCAGUUUCACCACUCUGUUGGCAGCGUGUAAACACUGUUCGGG